ACAUCCCAAAUCUGUUCUGCUUGGUACACCUGUUGGUUCUCCUCUCUGCAAUAUAUGAACGAUGAGAGCCCCGUUAUGAUGUCCGUUUGUGCUUUCCCAAGUUGGGCUUCGCUUUCCAUACCCUACUCUGUUCUCCGUCCCUGCCGUUUUGACGCCCUCCAUGGAGUCUCUGAGGCGAUCCUUGAAGCCCCAUCAUGGAGGAUCCCACAAGUACACCUCCUCCCGCAACGAGCUGGAGGAGCAAUCCAUCCUCCUCCACAACAACGGCGCCGAACACGGCGGCGAGGUCGUCGUCAAGAUCGACGGCAAGAAUGGCGGCCUCUUCGACCAGCCCGCGCCCCUCCCCGAUCUCAACGGCACUAACAAUAGCAAGGUGUGGAGGGAGUCCAGCUAUGAGUUCUGGAAAGAAGCUGACGGAGACGGCCGACGAGGUGGAGGAGGAGGUGAUGGAGGAGGAGGGUUCAGCUUCAAGAAGCAGCAGCGCAAGAACACCGAGGCGGAGAUCGCUGACGACCCGCCGUCGCGGCUGAUCAGCACAUUCCUUCACAAGCAGCGGGCCUCCGGCGCCGAGCUGGCCCUCGACAUGGACGUGGAGAUGGAGGAGCUCAAGAAGCACUGCUCCUCCCCCGUCUCCGCCUCGGGCUCCAAGGAACUCCGCGUCUUUUUCCAGGCCUCCUCCGCCGAGUCUCAUCUCCGUCGAUCCUCCGAUGAUGAUGACGAUGACGAUGACGAUGAACGCGGUCUCCGCCGACGAAAGCCUUCUCCGAGCACAAGCGGUGGCCCUGACGGAGGCGGCGGCGAUGUGGUCCGAUGCACAUCGAACGGCUCCCUCCACCGCAACUCCACGCUCCUCCGCGCCAAGACGCGGUCGAGACUGAUGGACCCGGCACCGCCACCGCCACCGCCGUCGGUUUCGCCUGUGGCUGCCCGCAAUGACGAGGUCAAGAAGUCCGGGAGGAUCCCCAAGUCGGGCCAGAUUCGGUCGGGGCAGCUCAAGUCGCAGCAGCUGGACGAGGACGACGAAGACCCGUUCAUGGACGACGACAUCCCCGACCAGUUCAAGCGCACUGACUUCCGCUGGCUCACUGUCCUUCAAUGGUUGAGCCUCUUCCUCAUCCUAGCGGCUAUCGCCUGCAGCCUCGCCUUGUCUCCCCUUGAGCCCCUGACGUUAUUGGAUCUCCACCUCUGGAAGUGGUUCGUCCUCCUAUUUGUGCUCAUCUGUGGCCGCCUCGUCUCCGGCUGGGUCGUCCGGCUUGUCGUCUUUGGCGUCGAGCGCAACUUCCUUCUCCGCAAACGCGUGCUGUACUUCGUCUACGGCAUCCGCAAAGCCGUUCAGAACUGCCUCUGGCUCGGCCUCGUCCUCAUCUCGUGGCACUUGCUGUUCGACGAGAAGGUGAAGCGCGAGACGAGGAGCAACUUCCUGCCCUACGUCACCAAGAUUCUGUCCUGUCUUAUCGUGGCCACCCUGUUACGACUCGUCAAGACUCUUCUCGUCAAGGUCCUCGCCUCCUCCUUCCAUGUCAGCACCUACUUCGACCGCAUCCAGGAGUCGUUGUUCAAUCAGUACGUGAUCGAAACUCUCUCCGGACCACCGUUGGUCGAGAUCCAGAACGGCAUGGAAGAGGAGGAACGGGUGAUGGCCGAGGUGCGGAAGCUACAGAAUGCUGGUGCCAGAAUCACCAACGAACUCCGUGCGGCAGCACUGCCGAGCAAGAGCGGUAGGGUGAUCGGAAGCGGGCCUAUGCAGAAGAGCUCACAAAUUGGGAAAAAUGCCAAGAUUUCGGAUGCCAAGCAGCAGGAUGAAGGGAUCACGAUUGACGAGCUGCACAAGCUGAACCCAAAAAACAUAUCAGCUUGGAGGAUGAAGAAGUUGAUGAGGAUCGUGCGGAAUGGGACUCUGACGACGCUCGAUGAGCAGGUUCUGCAGGAGAGCGGGGAGGAUGAUUCGGUCAUGCAGAUACGCAGCGAGUAUGAGGCGAAGGCUGCAGCGAGAAAGAUCUUCGGUAAUGUCGCCAAGCCUGGUGCCAAGUAUAUCUAUUUGGUAGAUUUAAUGCGUUUCAUGAAGGAAGAUGAAGCUCUGAAGACAAUGAGCAUGUUUGAAGGAGCAAACGAGAGCAAUAGGGUCUGCAGGAAGUCUCUCAAGAACUGGGUGGUCAAUGCAUUUAGAGAACGUAGAGCUCUUUCUUUGACUCUCAAUGACACAAAAACUGCAGUAAAUAAACUUCAUCAGUUGGCAAAUGUUGUCAUGGGAAUUAUUGUAUUUGCCCUCUGGCUCCUUAUUCUGGGAAUUGCCACAACUCAUUUCUUUGUUCUGCUUGGCUCUCAGCUUCUGCUGGCAGCAUUUGUUUUUGGUAACACUUUGAAGAUGAUCUUUGAAGCUAUAAUAUUCUUAUUUGUGAUGCACCCCUUUGAUGUUGGUGAUCGCUGUGAAGUGGAAGGAGUCCAGAUGGUUGUCGAGGAGAUGAAUAUCCUGACAACAAUAUUCUUGAGGUACGACAACCAGAAGAUUACGUAUCCAAAUAGUGUGCUGGCUACCAAACCAAUUGGCAAUUUCUACCGGAGUCCAGAUAUGGGUGAAUCAAUCGACUUUUGUGUUCAUGUUGCAACUCCUGUGGAAAAGCUUGCUAUCAUGAGAGAAAGAAUAAUAGGGUUUAUGGAGAACAAGAAGGAACACUGGUACCCCAAUCCUUCGGUCGUUCUGAGAGAUGUAGAUGACAUGAACAGGUUAAGAAUAUCAAUCUGGAUGAGGCAUCGUAUUAACUUCCAAGAUAUGGGAGAAAAGUGGGCACGAAGAGAGCAUGUCGUGCAAGAGAUGAUCAAAGUUUUAAGAGAACUCGAUAUUGAGCAUCGCAUGCUUCCAAUCGAUGUGAAUCUCCGAAACAUGCCUGUGGUUGACUCCACACGUCUACCAUCUACCUGGACAACUUUCAAUUGCUAGGCAAGUUUAGGUUCUGUGCCUAAUUUCCUCUGUUUUUUCGGAUGAAACUGAAACAGCGAGAGCUGAGUAGCUUUUAGAUGGGUAAAUAUAUGUUCUAAUUUUGAGCUUUUCUCUCUUUAUCUUUCACUUUUGCUUUGUUUGCUUCUGUUUCAGUUAUGUAAAUGGCAUUCUGAAGAUCCUCACUGCCUUUAUUGUCUAAUUAGUUUCCACAGAUGCUAGUAAUACGCUCUGUAGACAUUUCA